AUGGCUGUGGUCGGCCCAGCGCUGGGAUAUGUGGUCGGAGGACAAAUGCUCAACAUCUACACAGACUUCCUAACAGUCGACUCGGAUACGAUCGGGAUAACGGCCCAGAGCUCGGUGUGGAUUGGCGCGUGGUGGGUGGGCUUCAUUCUGUCCGCCAUUUUGUGCGUGGUUGUGGCGGUACCACUGCUCGCCUUCCCCUACGAGUUGCCGGGCGCGGCCGAGAUCAAGGCAUCCAAGGUGUCGGAGGCCCACGAGGGGGCCGCGUCGAAGUCGGCCGCCUUCGGCGCCCUGCGCGAGCUGCCCCGAGCCGCGGCGGCGCUCAUGAGGAACCCCACCUUCGUGUUCUUGAACCUGGCCGGCGCCAGCGAGGGCAUGCUCAUCUCGGGUUUCGCCGCCUUCCUGCCCAAGCUGAUAGAGAACCAGUUCGCGGUCAGCGCGUCCGAAGCUGCUCUCUUGCUAGGGGUCAUCACGGUGCCGGCGGGCGGCGGCGGGACCUUCGCUGGCGGCUGGCUGGUGAAGCGAUGGCGGCUGGCCUGCGCCGGCAUCAUCAAGCUGUGCGUCGCCUCCACGCUGAUCGGUGCAGUCUUCACGGUAUCCUUCGUGCUCUCGUGCGACGACUACCCGUUUGCCGGGGUCACCGUACCCUACAAUAGCACCGCAGUGGCCGGAGGCGGCGCGCUGUCCGCGCAGUGCAACUCUGCGUGCGGCUGCGAGCGCGCCGCGUACGCGCCGGUGUGCGGCCGCGACCGGCUCGUGUACUACUCGCCGUGCCACGCGGGCUGCAGGGCGGCCGCGCGCGAGGGGCCCGCGCAGCUCUACCGCGACUGCGGCUGCGUGCGGCCCGCAGGCUUAGCCAGCGAACCAUCGUAUGACGCUAUUAAUAGCGUAUGCAGCUCCCAAUGCCCAUACCUCUGGGCAUUCGUGUUCCUCGCCUUCUGCGUCAUGCUGUUCACCUUCCUCGCCACCAUGCCGGCACUGUCGGCAACGCUGAGAUGCGUGCGAGAGGAUCAGCGGUCCUUCGCGCUGGGCAUCCAGUGGAUCAAAGUUCGACUCCUGGGCACUAUUCCGGCACCGUUGCUGUUCGGAUUCCUCAUAGACCUGUCCUGCUCGCUGUGGGAGAAGACCUGCGGGACUACGGGGGCGUGCCUGCUCUACGACAACCAUAAUAUGAGCAGAUACAUGUUAGCGCUGGCUCUAGUGGGGAAGCUCUGUUCGGUUGUGUUCUUCUUCCUCGCGUGGUGGUUCUAUCGGCCGCCGGGCGCCAAGAGCGGCAACGGCGCGCCCCCUGUCGACUUACUGGUUCGCGACAAAGUGGACGGCCGAAGGGGACCGAGCACCAUCGCCAAUGGGACCGACAACCUCACCAACGGCCUACCGCCGCACUCGAACGGAUACUGCAACGCUGCAUUAGAGUGCAGCGACCAUUUG